AUGUCCGCUGCAGGCCUUGAUAUGUCCCUUGAUGAAAUCAUUGCAAAAAAAAAACCUUCGAGAGGAAAUAGGAGUGGAGGCCCUACCCGUGGUGGUGGCAUUGCAAAACGUUCAGGAGGACCAGUUAGAAACACUCGAUCUUCACUGGCUAGGUCUCGCCCUUACGCCGCAACUUCUACAGCAACAAACAUCUCCGCUUCUCCCGAAGGAAAAAUCCUUGUUUCAAACCUCGCUUACAAGGUGUCAGAGGCAGAUCUUUGGGUAACUAUUAAAAAUGUCAAGCCAUUAUCGGUUGUACUACAGACAGACAAAAAAGAGACGAAGACGACCUUUGUACGAAAAUUUUUAUCGUCAACGGCCCUUCUUCGCCUUGUUGCUUUGGUACCUGGAGAAUCAGAAAUCUUUUCUACAACGUUUUCCAAUCCGAACAACCUUAUUGCUCCUUCUGAAAACAAACCACCUGACCGCUAUCAAACCCUCCACACCCGCACUUCGACACCCCUAAUCCCUUUACAACAUCAGGAACUCUUCCAGACUAUGAUCGGUCCUGUACGCCAGGUUAACCUUAACUUUGACCAAAGUGGACGUUCGAAAGGUACGGCAUCCGUCGUUUUUGCGCGAAAAAAUGAUGCAGUUCGGUCGGUUGAAAAACUCCGGAACAUUACCCUCGAUGGCCGUGAAUUGAAAAUUGAAUUUGUUGUCGCCCCCAAUGCAAGCCCUAUCAGCCAACGCAUCGGCGGUGUCAAUGAAACUCGUUCUUCCGUACGUGGCUCAAAUUCUACGCGUGGUUCAACACGCGCUCGCGGUGGCAGAGGUGGAUCUCGCAGAGCAGAUAACAGACCGAAAAAAACCCAAGAGGAAUUGGAUGCUGAAAUGAGUGAAUAUAUGCAGAUUGAUGAAGAAUCAUCUCAAGCACCUGAUUCCUCUACUGCACCGUUGGCCCAAUAA